AUGGUGUCGAAGCGCAGUCCUUCAUCGACAAGGGAGCGUGAGCGACCGCACGGCAACGGCCUCCGAUCCAGGCUGUCCAAGGCCACAGAAUUGACGAAAUCGGGGUUCUACGCCAACACACCAGAAAUGGAGGAUCUGAUAAGAUCUCGAAAUCCUUUGCUUCUAGGCUCAGAGGCCAGCUGCCCCAUCUGGAAAGUCAGACCUGUCACAAUCGUUUUACCCUUGCGCUCUGUAUAG